CCAACUGUGUGCUUCAUGAAUGAAUGACGAAAGCCGAUAUUUAAAGAAUUAAAGAUCUAGCACAUGUGUACAGAAUGGGAAAGAAACGGUUCCUUUUGUUAUAUGGAUCAGAGACUGGUCAAUCCCAAGCCAUAGCUGAAGAGAUUCAUGAGUUGUCUUCAAAACAUGAUCUAGAGUCAGAAAUCCAUUGCCUCAGUCUCACAGAAAAGAAGUUCAGUCUGUCUAAAGAGACAUGCAUGGUCAUGGUUGUCUCUACCACCGGAGAAGGAGAAUGUCCAGAAACAGCCAUGAAGUUCUGGAGACGCCUCAGGAAAACCACCCUUCCUUCUGAUCAUUUAGCUAAUCUCAACUUUGCUUUGUUAGCACUGGGAGACUCAAACUACAGCAAUUUCUGCAGAAAUGGCAAGAACUUUGAUGAGAGAUUACAAGAGCUUGGUGCCAAGCACAUCUAUCCUACCGGAUAUGCAGAUGAUGCUACAGGGUUAGAGGUUGUUGUGGAGCCAUGGAUAGAAGGACUUUGGAAAGCACUUCACAAAGUCAUGGAUAAGCAAGGUACACCAGACUCAAAUGGCUGUCUUGAAAAUGGCCACCUUGAAAUAAAUGGGAAAAGAAACAAGGAAAACAGAAACGAAAGAAUGAUAGGAGAAAAUGCUGAAAGUGGUACAACUCAGAAUGGUUCCUUGCACAUUGUUCAGGCAGACCAGGCACAACCAAAGACUGGUGAGCAAUCUUCUACAGGCAAUAACACAAGUGCAAUGUCAGGCAAUGAUGUGAAUGGCUCUGAUUCACCUGACCAUCCUGGAAACAGUAACAAUAUCGCUCAAACCUUGCAAAGAACUCCCUCACAGUCAACCAGUACUGAUCCAUAUAUCAAAGUGGAGGAAUCAACAGAUGGGAAGGUGGAGGGACCAACGGUGUCAUCACUUACCCAUUCUCUACCUCCCCUCAGUGAAAGUGGACUCACCCUACCUGCAUUGCCUCCCCCUUUUCUGAAAGUGGUAUAUGCCCACAAUGAAACAAUAGACCUUGAAUCUUUGCCAAUACAAGGAGGAGCAGCUCUUCCAUCCGCAUCUUCUGGUGUCAUCCAAGCAAUGGUUGUCAAGGCAACCCAGCUGACUAGGGAUGAUGCGGUUAAGACUGCACUGGACAUAGAGCUGAAGGUUGCAGAAAACUCAAUGAGCUUCCAGCCCGGAGAUUCCUUCAGCAUCAUCUGUCCAAAUGAUGCUGGUGAGGUCACAGAUCUCCUCCAUCGUCUUGGACUAAGAGAGAUGGCAGAUGUGCCUCUCAGAAUAUCUGUUCUAGAAGGCACCAAGAAGAGGAAAGCUGCUGUAGCUGACUUUGUUCCAACGUUCAGUACCCUACGGUAUAUUUUCACCACCUGCUGUGACGUCAGGGUACUUCCAAAGAAGGCUUUCUUACGCACACUUGUUGAAUACACCAGUGACCCCAAGGAGAAGCGACGUCUGCAGGAGCUAUGCAGCAAACAGGGUCAGCCAGACUAUGCAGCUUUCUUACGGGCACCUAGUCUCUCGUUGAUGGAUGUUCUCAUCGCCUUCCCAUCAUGCCUUCCUCCUAUUGAGCGCAUCCUGGAGCACAUGACUAGAUUAAAACCGCGGCCUUACUCAAUAUCAAGCUCACCAUUGACCAGCCCUACCAGCUUCCAUUUUGUGUUCAAUAUCAUUGACAUACCUGCUGGAGAAGGGCGGAGCCAAGCGAGGAAGGGGGUAUGUACUGGAUGGCUGAGUCACCUAGCAACAAGGGGGCGGGGGCAAAACUCAUACCAAACAAUUAUGCAGAACUUGGAAGAGAAGAUUGACAAAUUUGCAUUGGAGGAGGAGGCAGCUAGAGAGGUUCAGAUACCCAUCUACUCCAGGACCAACCAACAUUUCCACCUGCCAUCGGACACCUCCAAACCCCUCGUCUUGAUUGGUCCUGGGACGGGCGUGGCACCUUUCAUUGGUUUCCUUGAGCAUCGUAGUCACAUGAUGAAGGAAGCGGGAGACGGGAAUAUGACCUUUGGCCCUGUAUGGUUGCUGUUUGGUUGCAGACAUAAAGACAGGGAUUACUUGUAUAGGGAAAAGCUCGAAGAAUUCCAGAAGACUGGUGUCCUGUCAAAUCUCUGUGUGUCUUUCUCUAGAGAUGAGCCAGCUGAUGAUGGUAGUAGUGAACAGGCACCACGCUACGUGCAGGACAACAUGAAGACCCACAAGGAAGGGUUGUCAGAGUUGCUGCUGGAGAAGGGGGGCUUUGUGUAUGUGUGUGGUGAUGCCAAGAAUAUGGCCAAGAAUGUCUUGGAGACUUGGAAGGAGAUCCUCAAAGAAAAGACUGGGCAAGGAGACUAUGACAUGCUACAGCUCAUUGCUAACUUAAGAGAGGAAAAGAGAUACGUGGAGGAUGUUUGGACUUGAAAAAGAAAAAUGGUUUGUCCAGGAGAGAAACAAGUUAUCGCUGUUUUGAGACACAAGGGCGUUCAAUCACACAAUUUAAAACCAAGUUAAUGUCCUUGUGGCUCCAAACAGAAGUCAUUUUGAGUUUACUUGAGGAGAUCAUCAAACAAAAGACUGGACAAGGAGACUAUGGCAUGAUGUAAUUCAUCUCUGAGAGUGGAGAGGAUACGUCAAAGAGGUGUGGAUUUGAAAAAAAGGUUUGUCUAGAAGAGACACAAGAUAUUACAGGUUUCUGUUGAGGAGAGCCUCAAAGAAAAGACUGGUCAAGGAGACAGUGACCUGCUACAGCUCAGUGCUAAGUUUAAAGAGGAAAGGAGAUAGCUUAAGGAUGUAUGGACUUGUAAAAGUGUGGGGAGAAACAAGGUAUUUUCUCUCCAGCACUAACUAAUCACCCCUGUAUUUAUCUUCAUGAUUUAGGGUUUAAAGGGGAACUUUAAGCAUGAUGGAAAAUGAGUAGUGAUGUAUUGGUGUAUUACCCAAACUCAGACAUUUUAUACCCAGCUGAGUAAUAUUCAGUAUCUACAAUGCUUUUAUUUCGCCACACAUCAAUUAUUGGAAUGAGAUAUGGAGCAAAACAUGUGACAUCCAUAUUGAUGAACUAUAUAUUGUUCAAAAAUGUGCAAUUACGACUGACAUAAAACAAAGAGUGACUUCCAUAGUCUCAGUCUACCACUAUCUAUUAAAUUAAAAAGUCUUCCAGUGUUUGAACUUGUAAAUAUGUCAGUUUUCAUGUUUAAGCAUCACACAGGGAUUCUCCCAGAAUUUUUGAUAACAUGUUUAGAACAAAUUCUUCAUUCCAUACGUAUCCCACUCGUACAUGGGAUAAUCUUUGUGUUCCCAUCACUCAUUAUAUUUGAUGUACAGGUGUACAUGAAUGGAACUCUAUUUGUAAUAAUAUUUAUCACGAACCAUGUUAUAUUGAUUGACCAGUAGUUACCUUUAUUUGAGGUGUAUGUUAGUUUUACUAUGGCCCUGUCUUAUAAACAUUUGUAGGAGUUUGUAAUUUUUUGAUUGAUUUGAGGACUUGUGGUCAAUUUGGAUCAAUCCCAGCUCUUUCUGAGACAAGGCCUUGGGUUUGAAAUAUUGUCAAUUGACAUGUUGUCCCCCAUAUUAUAAACCAACAAAUCUGUCCAUUGACUGUGAAAUGUUACUUCCAAAAGACAUUAAGUUGAGACAUUUUCAACCAACUGAAUCUUUUAAAAAUGAUGAAUCUCAUAUCAAAGUAUGUAUUCAGAGCAAAAACUGAAUUUUAAAACCUCAAAUUGAUGGACUGUUAGUUCAUAAAAGCGCUGACGAUUUAUUCAUUACUUGUAUUCCAUCCAUCAGAUUAAUUGAUGCUUACAUGAUACAUUACUAACUGUUUUUGUCAGGUAAACAGUGAGAGUUUUCACCAAAUGUUAUACCUCUUUAGAUAAUGGAAGGAGGUUGAAAUUUCAAGAUGUUAUUCAUUUCAUCCAGGAGUAUGACUUCUGCAAUCUCACAUGCCCCCUCAAACUCACUCUCUCUCUCUCUCUCUCUUUCUCUCUCUCUCUCAAUAAAGGAGGUAAGCAGCAGAAAAACCCUGAAAUGGGGGAGGGGGAAGGAGGGGGUUGGCAGGAGGAAAAGUAAUGCUAUCAUGUUAUUCUCUUUUUUCUCCUUUACCUCUGUUUCCCCGCCUGAUUUUCCUGUGUCUAUUUAAAACAUUUGUGGCUUACAAUUAAUUAUGUUGUCUUUUUAACUAGUUAUCUAUUUGUUUAUUUGCAGGUAUGAAAAGGUGCUAUUUAUUUCCGUCUUUGAAUAACAAUAUAGUAAUGCUUUGUGGAGUCUGUGUGAUCUUGAUUCAACAUCAUGCUUUAUUAAUAAAAACAAAUUUUUCUCUCAUUUCACA